CACAGACAAAAGCCAUAAACAAGAAUUGAAUUGAAUUGAAAUGUAUAUAUGCUUAUUUAUUGUGCUAAAUUCAUUGAUCUAAUGUUACUGGCUAAAAUUAAGUAAAAAAUAAAAGAAAACUUCUUUAUUACCUAAAACUGUUCGGGCGUCGUGUGUGAAGACCAUUUUUUAAGAAUGUUUUUUCUUUAGCAAUGAAAAGCACCAUUUAAAACAUGAAAAAUCUUAACAGUUAAAUACUAAAGACAAAACAAUAAUAAAAACAAUGUGUUCAAUCAUUCAGUUGCCUUUAGAUAUUCUAAUAAAUAUUUUAGCUCGUUUAGAACUCCGGGAUCUUCGCAAUUUAAUGUUAACAUGUAGAACUUUUAAAAAUUUAAUAUUAAACGAAAACUCUUUAUGGCGCAUAAUAUGUUCGAGAAGACUUAUUUUACAGAAGAAAAGUGAAGAGUUAUCAUUUUCCUGGUAUAAUAAAUGCAGAAUAUCAUAUAACUGGAGUAAAGGAAUUUAUAGGAGUAAGGUCAUUAUCAAUCACACAGUAAAGUAUAUGCCGUGGUUGCAGAUGUGUAGUUCUCAAACAUGGUGCCUAUCAGUAGGAUCAGAAUUAAGAUGUUAUUUGCUACACAAGAAAUAUUUAAUCUCUAGUCUUUUGUGGUCAGUACAAGUACCAACUAUAAAAAGAGAUGAUGUACGCACAAAUGAUAUCUCAAGAUUCAUAGUAAAAGAUGAUAUUAUUGUUUGCGGAAACAGGGAUGGGUGUGCCACAGUCUACAAAUGGGAAAAUGCAAAGCAAAAACCAAAUUUGUUAAUGCAUAUUAAAGAUAGCCAUGACAAUGGCAUGGUGGAAGUAUCUGCAGUGGAAAAAAUGCAAGAUAUAAUUGUGACUGCAUCUAAUAAUUGCCCGUACAUAUGCUUUUGGGAUUGCAGAAAGGUUGAAAAUAAUUGCUAUUACAAUGAUAAAGAUUGUAAAACGGAAUAUAAGCUGAAAAAUGAAAUUGGCUGCAGAAGCAUUGCUGCAAAUGAUGUACAGGACAAACUGGCUCUUGGCCUCAAUGGAAAUAGUAAGCCACUUUUACUUGAUGUCAAUACUGGUAGCUUCCUAAUGACAUCGGAUACGACUAGGAACGUUGGUCAAGUUAUACGUGAUAUUCAGUGGCAUGAUGGAAACUGUAUAGCCUACGUCACCCAUUCGGGAAAACUGCGCUUCAUUGACAUUAGGAGCUCUGCAUUGGUGUAUGAAGCGCGGGAUCCAUUCCAGUCAUCGCUCUAUUGUCUCAAGACUGACUCGGACCGCGCCGUGUUGGUAGGCUCGUCUGAAUAUUCCCGUUGCGUUCUCUUUGACUUACGCUCUACGCAUGUUGUGCAGAUGUAUUUUACUCAGAAGAAGUCGUCUCCGAUAUACAGCCUGGAUUUUGCUUCAUCUAAACUGAUAGCUGCCGCGGAUCUCGGCGUUGCAUGUCUAAACUUCAAUGUAAAUGCGGCUACAACUCAAAUGAAAGAUUUCUCGUAUACAUUUGAAUUUGUUAAUAGAUAAACUCAUAGAAAUCAGUCAGUCAAUCAUAGAUACUGUUAAAAGUUACAACAAAUCAGUUGUAACUUGUAACAGUAUCUUGUUAAGAUUUCUGUAGAAAAUAUUACUUAUUUUAUUAAAAUAGAUUAAUGAAUAAGUCCUAAAA